AUGUUCGCUGUUACUCAAGGCAAAGUCAGCUUUCUCACCGCCAGCACUGUCACCGAUGCCGCUUUUGGCUUGCUUCGCUGUGUCGAUGCCGAGUUCUCCGCAGUGAGCUCACAGCACUCGACAGCCUGUAGGGACAUAGUCCAUUUCUUCGGCCUCGUGUGGUUCACCCGCGAGAACGCCAUCUGGCUUUGCCCUGCCGAGGCGAAGGGAAACACGGACGAGCCACGCAAGAUCGACCCAUCGCUCAACAUCGUCGAACUCCUCUGUCCUGUCGCCUUUCUCUGCCUGCUCAGCUACAACAAUGAUGCUGGAGCGGUCUGCACCGCGGCUAGCGCUCGCAAGCAAGAGAAGAAGAAUGUCGCUGAGCUGGAGUCAUCUGGUUUGCAUCACUUCUACGAGUUCUGCUGCGUAUUGUGGAAGCUGGCUCCACAGUUACACGACAUCGCGCACACGCAGACCUGCGAGCAUAUUGUGAUCGACGAAUUUGUUCAAGGGCUUGUGGACUGCCACAGGAACGGCAAGAUGCCAAUGUGGACGAUCGUUGUGUGCCAGAUCUAUCUUGACGUCUACGAUUUGCUCGGCGAUCACAUCUCGCACGCGGACAUUGUCGCCCUGAGGGAUGAAACUGGUUUCUCGAUGAGUGAUGCUGGUGACGCUAUGACAACACUCGAAUGGGUGGCCAAAGCCUUCAAUCGCUUCGAGGAGGCCACCUGGAUCGCACCAGAGGGCGCUCACGCCUUACCGGCGAAGCAGCACACCCGUAUUCGAGAGGAACUGGGGUGUUCGGCCUCUGCAAUGGAACGUGCGCUCCCUGCUCAUACUGGCGCCAUCCUUGGAGAUCUCAAGAUUGGUAUGCACGAGGCCGGCACCCAACUCGCCAAUCACGGCUACUACGUGCUCUCGAUGGCUCAUCUGUACAAAGCACUCCGUGCCCAGGGCAAGCUCGACUCUGACUGGCAAGACAUGGACUUUGCAUUGGCGGCGUUCGACACAAAGCAACCGCUGCUCCCAAAACCCGGUCAGCCAUAUGAUGGCGAAGCAGCAGUUCUUCAUUACGUCAUGUCUAUGGGCGUUCCCACCCAAGGUGCCAGCUCCAAAUCCUUUAAGAAGGGCUUACCUUUGCAAGUCGGACUGAAAGACGAGCGCAAGAUUGCCAUCAAGUCUGCUCUACUCUCCGGCCUCAGCGACCGCCAACAGGCCUGGAAGAAGAGUGGUCUGGGUUACUCCAAGAUUAAGACACUCGAGGUCGUUCUGCACAGUCUGACGGCUUCCGCUUCGCAAGCAAAGGAUAGCCCCUCUGCUCCUCGCGGAUCGCAGGUCCGUGUGAGUUUCACACCUCUUCAGCUCCUAGCGACUUACAAGAAGGCUUUCAUGGCGGACGAGCCGCAACUGAACUUCGACUACGCCAGCUUCAUGGUCACCUGUCCUCGUCUGCUGAAGACGAUCUCCAACAGUAGCACCAUCAGCGGCGACCAUUUCACCCUCGUCUCCGAACUCCUCAGGUCUCCGACACCGAUCCCUGCCGUCGCCGAGGCGACCAACAUCAUCAAAGCUCACGUCGCCAACAGCGGCAAGCUCUUCAUCAAGCAAGCCUACGACCAAUCCAGCGGCCGCAUUCCGAAAGCCAUGCGUCCGAACAUCGAACUUAAUCUGGAGACUCGCGAAGCCAGCCUCGACAUGUUCAGUACGAUGUACGAGUACUCCAACACCAAAUACGCCUUCUCCGGUCGCGCCAUGGCUGUGUAUCAUCCCAAGGUGAAGCCGGAAUUGUGCCCCGAAAAGAGUUGCAAAGGCCACGCUCUGCGCGAAGGCGCCGAGACGGACCCGCACGCCCACCACCACGGCGAGCGGGUUAUGACGCAUGGCUCUGCCCUGCCGAACGCAAUCAUGGACGAAGGCCUUGAGGCGGUGAAGAAGAACCCGGCGAAGAUUGCGGCGGCCAGGAGCAGGACUGUGAACCACUACUUCAAGCUGUACGAGCUGGGCAAGAUCACCGAGACGAAGCUUCGAGAGCUGGUGCGCAACAUCAUGGGUCUAGAGAUCGCUCCGCGUGAGAAGCAGGGAAAGGACGACAAAGAUCCGCUUUGGGCGUAUGCUUUGACGCCGGAGAGCAGCAUGUACAUGCCGUGGUUUCAGGGUCUCGUGCUUGGAGGGGAAGCUACGCCAGCGCAUUUCGGGGUGACGAUUAUGGUGAAUGUGGCGCUGGUGGACUUUGAUGCGGCUAUCAAGGACGGGUUGGUGAAGGUAUGA